UUUUUUUAUCUUUCUUUCUUUUUUAUUUAUCUAUUUUCUUAUUUAUAGUAGUCAAGAUAUUUUAAGCUAUGGGACGUAAAAAGAUCCAAAUUCAGCCUAUCAAAGAUGACCGCAAUCGACAAGUGACAUUCUUGAAACGAAAGCAUGGUCUUAUGAAGAAAGCCUAUGAACUUAGUGUACUAUGUAACUGUGAAGUAGCACUUGUUAUUUUUCCUCCAAAUAACAAGUUGAUUCAAUAUUCCAGUUCAGAUAUGGAUAAACUUUUGAAUGAGUACAAAGAGAAUGAUUUGCCUAAAGAGAUCAAGACAAAUCAAGAUUUUAUUGAAAGUAAUGAUGGAAAACAUGAUGAUGAUCAAUCUUCUCAAGUAUAUUCAGACAAUGAUUCAAUGGACAAAACAGAAAAGCCUAUUGCAAUGACACAACCUGUUCAACAAUUACUUCCUCAACCAUUGAUUUAUCCUUCACAACAAAUGGUCCCGACUCAAAUGAGUAUGCCAUUAUCCUAUGGAACAAGUUACACAAUGUACCAACAGCCACCUGUCGUACAUCAACAGCAACAGCAACAACAACAACAACAACAACAACAAAUGAACACUUCGCCUUUGUCGACUCAUUCAACUUAUGAUUCACAUAUGUACCAGCAAAAUCAAUUUUAUUUAACUCAACAACCAUUGACCAAUGCAAUAGUCUAUCAACAACAGCAACAACAUAUGCCUUCUUUGUAUCAUUCACCUGAUAGUUCUCCUGCAACAGUGCAACAAGAAUUUUCUCCAAACCAAUCGCCAAGAUCCGAGCCUGGAACACCUGAAAAAAGAACAAAGCUAAGAGUGACUAUCCCUGUUAACAAUGAAGGUGGUACAGUCGACAAGAAUCAAAUUAACUAUCCUUCAACAGGUUUAGCACCACCUUCUGCUUUGCCUUCUCAAUUUGUCACUAAUUUACCUUCACCUUCAACUUUUUAUCCCGAGUUCUAUCAACCCAAUUUUAUUAUGAGCCCGAUCCAACAUGCUAACUCAGCAAACCCUUUUAUCAUACCGACAUCUCCUUCAUUGAAUGGUGGCGGGACUAUGAAAUCAAACAAUGAAAAUCCAGCAUGGUAACUCGUAUCUUAGCUUGUCUAUUUGAAACUAACUCGAUCUUGUCUAGUUCACAAAAAAGGUCUAUCAUUCCUUAUGAUAUCAAUCAAGCACAACCAAGCAAAAAAGUCAAGAUAGAGUCUUGAGCUUUUACUACUUUUAUAUAUGUAUAUCUUUCAUUCUCUUGUAAAUUCUAUUCUUAUAUCAUAUAUGCCCUUUUAUACGCUUUAUAUGUCUUAAGUCUCUUUUUUUUUCUAAUAUAGCUCAUGUAUGUAAGAUAAUAAUAAUAAAAAAAUAUUUUCAAUUGUCCAUAAUAGAAA